GUUGAACUCUAAAAUGAGCCAAUCUGCGGCGGUAAGAACGUUACACCACGGGGAAAUAACGGGGAAAUAACGAUACGGAGAUGGAGAACUACACUCUGGUCGGUUCGAAGGAGCAGCCGGCUGUUUGUCCAUUCAUGUUUCUUCCCAAAGAUGUGCCUCAGAUCCGGGUCAAAGAUGGGAGCAAGAUCCGGAACCUGCUGCGAUUUGCCCUGAGCCGCAUGGAGCCCAAGACCGGGCCUGGCCCCAGGUCUAAAUCUGGACCAAAACCUGUACCAGGAUCUGUACCAGAGCCAGGAUCUAAGCCACAACUGGACCGGACUAGUCCAGAUCCUCCUGAGUUGCAGAGCCGCUGUGUGGUUUUCACUGCUGUGGGAAAAGGAGCAUCAAAAGCCAUCACCUGUGCAGAGAUCGUCAAGAGAAGAGUUCCAGGAUUGCACCAGGUGACCCAGUUGUCCUACAGCUCAGUUUUGGACUCUUGGGACCCUGUUGAUCCUGGUCUUGGUUUGGACUCGCUCACGGUGACCAGGAAGACCCCCUGUAUUUGGAUCCUGCUCUCCGCCGCACCACUGGACAGGUGCAUGCUGGGAUACCAGAGCCCCGGGCGCCAUGAUGACCUGUGGGCCAAUCAGGAUCCUGGGGACAGUGCCACGGAGCAUAAACUAGGAAGCAGGAAGAGGAGAGGAGGCGGAGCCAGGCCACACAGAGAACACAGACCUCAGACGAAAUGAAACCGGAUCAGGAUUUGGACCUGGUUUAGUCUGAAUAUGAACUUUUGUACCUAAACUGUCACUGGUUUGGACAUUUGUUUCUGUUUUGGAGGACUUAAGUUGCAGAGAACAGCUUUUGGCGACACCUGGUGGUGGGCUGGUGUACAGCAAUGUCUGUUCUGUUAUAAUGUUCACAAUCAUCACAAACAGACCUGGAGUUGUGUUUUGUUUUAUUCACUCAUGUUUAACACACAAUCCCUGCAUAUUUAGACCAAGUUCUUCUUGCAAACAAACUCUGUUCCACCUUGUGAUGUUAUGUGGUAAUACAGGAAGUGCUCUACUGUAUUUAAACUCCAUACACCUUCAGUAGCAUCAUUUGGAUGAUUUCAGCCCUGGAUUUGCUAAUCUCUACUAAAAGGUGAAUAAGUAGAGUAAUAAUAAAGUGUGACUCAAACAUGUGAAUGAAACAGAACACAACUCCAGGUCUGUUUGUGAGGAGGUAACAGCAUUUUAACAUGGCUUAAAGCUACGAUGCAACACAAGUCUAUUAUGCAUAAUAUAGGACCUUUAAAGAGCCAUGCAAAAUAAAAGUUUUAUUUUAUGAAUCUCCAUAACACUGACUUGCUUAGUUUUAUUAAAUACAAUAAGGGUUAGUAACAAGUUUUCUUUAAUCAUCAAAGAAGGUUCCAUGUGGAGCUUUAAAGUGCAUGUGACAGCUUUUUCAUGUUUUUCUCAUUCUGAUUUGGUUUGGGGAGA